CUUGGGUUACCUUACCCGUCGCUGCAUUGGGUGGCAUGGACAUGGUAGGUUCGUGGGUGCCUGAAUUUGAGGCUUGCGUUACCUAACCCAGGCAAUCAACUUGUUUUAAUCACUGGUAUUGGCGUCACUCAUCCACCACGUCGUUCGGUCAAUGCUUUUCCGUUGACGAAGCGUCAUAACCAAGGCGGGCGGGGCUUCGAAUCUGCCUGUUUGGUUCCAGGCAGUUUCCUGAGCUUUCUGCUUAUAUCAACCCUACAGUCCUGAGCUGAGCCUCAUCGGCAAAGCUAAGAUGGGGGAUUCUUCAAACAUCACACUGCGCCUGUUUGAUCUGUUGGACAUCAAUGAUUUCAUGGUCUGGGCCACGGACGAUCAAGUCAGCAAAUUCUGUUCAUGGGACACUUACAAAUCCAAAGAAGCCGUCAUGCGCUAUAUCACCGAUGUCGUCAUCCCUCACCCAUGGUUCAGAGCCAUAUGCCUGGACAACCGCCCGAUCGGGGCCAUUUCGGUGAUUCCCAACGAGGGAAGAGAUGGCUGCAGAGCCGAGCUUGGAUACGUCUUGGGAUCGAACUAUUGGGGCAGAGGGAUUGCCACGAGGGCCGUGAAGAUGGUGGCUACUACCAUAUUCACCGAGUGGCCGCACGUGGAGAGGCUUGAGGCUCUGGUUGAUGUCGACAACCCGGGGUCUCAGAAGGUGUUGCUGAAGGCCGGGUUCCAGAGAGAAGGUGUUCUGAGGAAGUAUUGUCUUCUGAAGGGGAAAACUAGGGAUAUCGUGAUGUUCAGCCUUCUUUCGACUGAUCCACAGGUGAACUGAUUCAAGCAUGGUUGGUGGGUUUUGAAUGUUGUGUUGCUUUGGGAUUGUAACUGUUUGAUAGAAUGCUUCAAUGAGAUAAUGAUAUGGCCAUGUAUAGGCUUUUCAUGAGACUUGUUACUGUGAAUGGGUCUGUCGAGAUGCAACAUAUCGUUUGAACAGAGUACUCUCAAUAGCCGAUUUCUUUCUUCACCAGUGGGAUUAUAUAAGCAAAAGGAAUCAAUGCUGGAACUGGAAGGAUAAUGAUUCUUGAUUGGAAUUGGGUGAAAUUUUCAUUCAAAUAUUUCUUUUCACACUCGGUCCAAUUCCCAAUUCGUUUAUUGCUGCAUCACUGUCCAUGUCAGAAUUAUUAGUUUUCGCGGUGCAGAUACUUUUGUUCAAUUAUUCUUCAGAUAUGGUGCUCUUUGUUUGCAUGUGAGAUUAGACUCAAUUGUUACCUCACUCAUUCAAUUAGGUUGAUGGACUUUGACCACAAAUAGAAAACACUUUAUUUA